CCUCUCCUUUCAGUCGUCUGCGAGCGAUGGUGGUGUCGGUGUCGGCAGAAACCGCCUAGAAUAGCGUUCUCGUCGCGUGCGUUCGGCAUCUCAACUUCUUCGCCAGAACAAUCGAAAGAAAAAAUCCCACGAUGAACACCGCGUCGGUGGCGACUCUGUUUGUGUGUUGGUGUGUGCUGAUGGUGUCCGCGAAAAGCGCCGAAACGUCGGGCCGGCCCAAAAGGACGGCCACGCCGGCCAGCUGCGAAAACGUCAAGGAAUUUUUUCUGACCAGGAACCUGACCGUGCCGACGCUGGGGAAGAAAGGCAGUGUAUGUGGUGGCGAGUGUUGUGUGGACGAAGCCGAAGAUUUAUUAAGGAAGCAAGGACAAAAGGACUUCGCCACGCUGCUCCGCCACAAUUCCAGGUCUUUGCAGGGACUGCUCAGUUUCACGGCGGCCAGCCUGCAAAAUCACGUUUCCGAGCUGUCGCGCCAAUCCGAGAACAAGACCCUCCUUCUGUUCACGCAGGUGUACAAGGGGAUGGCGGUGCUCUCCAAAGACCCCAUCGCCAAACUCUACUCCGACAUACGCAGCUACAUUUUGGUGAACUCCACUAAAACCGAUUUGGCAGCCACUAGUAUAGACAUUAAGGGUACCGUGUCCCAUUUUUUCACGAACUUCUUUCCCUUGGUGUACCACCAUAUUCUUCACAUUAACGGCAGCCAGGACUUCGCGAGUGAUUACAAAGAGUGUCUGAAGAAGAGCACCGAAACGAUUUCGCCCUUUGGGGACAUCCCCAAACAAAUCUCUCAGUCUUUGUCGAAGAGCCUAGAAGCCACGAGGCUUCUCCUUCAGGCUUUCGCGAUAGGAAGGGAGGUUUUGAACACCACGGACCGGCUCCUGGUGGACGAAAGUGGCAAAAGCAACGCUGAGUGCCACCAAGCUCUCCUGAAGAUGCACCACUGCCCCAAGUGUCUCGGAAUGGGGAAAAACAUCAGACCGUGUUCGGGGUACUGUUUAAACGUGCUCAGAGGCUGCUUGACGAAGUACGUAGCCGAGUUGGACUCACCUUGGAACGGAUACGUCGAGGGCAUCGAGGGUUUGAUUAAUGCCAUGAAGAAGAACCGAGAGGAUGCGGGUGUGAAUGCGGAUUUGGCGAUCAGAUCGCUGGAUUCGAAGAUAUCGGAGGCGAUUAUGCGGGCGAUGCAGAAAAUGAAGGACAUAGAUAUGAAGGUCCAGCGCCUCUGCGGCCGGCCCACCUUCACCAACAGGACGGCCGACCCCCUCAUGAUGGAGCUGCACAUGCCGCCGCUGGCCACCGCCAAGCCGCGGGCCGCCGGACAGCGCAUCUCGGGCUCCUCGCCGGAGACGCACCUCCUCCACUUCCUCACUUCCAUUUCGAAGACGAGGGGGUUUUACGGUAAUCUGGCGGAUACUCUGUGCCAGGACGAGAGCUUCGCCGAGGCGAAGGAUCAGCACUGCUGGAACGGAGAGAGGAUUGCGGAGUACACCAAAAUGGUGGUGGAUGUUGGCCUUGACAUGCAAAAGUACAACCCCGAAGUGAAACCGAUGACGAAUCUGCAGAACGUUGAUCCUCGCGUCGCCGAUCUCGUUGACAAAUUGCGACAUGUUCAUCAUAUGGCUAUGUCGUCAAUAGGUUCCACUGGCGCUGAGGUGGACUACAUGCAACGCGACGGUUUCGAAGGUUCCGGUUCUGGAAACGGCCCAGACGAUGACAACGACGACGAAUACAACCCCACCGGAUCCGGUUCAGGCACCGGUGCAAUACCUGAAGAAGAGCCCCGAAAUAUUAACAACGUGCACGCAUCCCCAGGUCCCAAGAACACAGACUCCUCCUCCAAGAACAAGCAAUCAACGACCACCACUGCCGGAGACGCGUCGACUCUUCAGUCCUCUAUAUUCUUGUCCCUUGCUCUCCUCCUACUCGCAAGACUACAUUAGAGACUUUAACGAGAACGACUAGACUUUAAAGUGAGAUUUUUGUUCUGAGGAAAGUGUAGAAGAGGAAGAUGUUUCUAUAUUGUUGUUGACGUUUGACGGAUUGAAUAGGCCUGGAUUUAUAUUUACAAAGAGAAACCGGAGGCAGAUUUAAGAAUUGGCUGUUUAUAAAUCUAAAUAUUUAUUGUAUGUAAUAGGACAUUUAGACGCGAUCUAUAAAUGUAAAAACGUGUUUAGGAGCCCCAUCCGAUUUCCCCAUCAUUGUAAAUAGCUGAUUGUUAGCGUAAAUGAUGAGACUGUAUGUAGGUGUUUAGGAUUUUAUUUUUUAUCGAGUUGCCAAUCUAGAAUAACGCUUCCUUGCCUCUGAGGCAGAUUCGUUUCAUAGUUGGCCGAAUUAUCCAAAACCGCCAGAUUUCUUCUCCUGGACUGAUGCAUCUAGUCUGAAUGCCAUAAUAAUUUUAGUUUCUCGCCUCGCGGAAUGUGGCGCUUGCGAGACGACGUGGAAUCGACGUCUCGGCAACGUCGCAUGCUUGUGUGAGGUCUAGGCGCUCAAGACGCUUCAUCGCGGCAACUAUGAAACGAAACCUUACACUAUAGUUGUUUUGGUCCUUGGUUCGGACGAAAAUUUUGAUUGACAGUCAAUUGUUUGAUUCUUUUGAUUGUUGAUGUAUUUUAAAAAUACAAAUGUCUUUCCAAUUGGGUAGUUACAAAGUAAAGUGUGGAGCUUUAUUUUGUGGUUAGUUAUUUGUGUGCAGAACAAACCGUGGAAAACUAAAAGUAUGGAAGAGCGUGGUUGUGUGUAGAUAUGUAGUUUUAUAGGAAUAUUUGUAUUCUUUAAAUUAUUUUGAGAAUUGUCUGUGAUUGAACUAUUUUAUUAUUUAAUUAAUUGUAAAAUUUAAUGAACUCAAAUUAUUUACGCGACUACGAAAUUUAAAAGAAAGUGUCUGUUUUUAUAAAACAGAGUGAUUGGCUCUUAAUCUUUGUACAGUGAAAAGUUGAAUUAUGGCGAAAGUAUAUAAGCUAGUUAUCGAAAAGUUAUACAUGUAGGAUUCUUAAUAUGUUAUCGCUGGAAAUCUCGGCGGAUAAUGUGUAGAUAGAAGCUAUAAUAUUAGAAGAUAAUCAAGUUUUUUCAUUUUUUAAGUGUUUUUAUUAAUUUUGCUUUCUGCCGUCACCUUUCGUAAUAUUUUUGCAUAUCAUAUUUAAGCAAUAAGUCCGACGGAUCCGUAUUUAAAAAUAUUUAAAUUUUAUGCUCACUAACAAAAAUUUCGCAUCGAAAUUCGAUUAACUACUAGUCUUAGAAUUAUGUUUAAAUCUGCAAUUUUUAUUUAUAAUUAUUUGUAUUAUACGCCUCUAUUUUGGUAGAAUAAAUUCAUAGCUGCCUUUUUU